AUGGAAACGGUAAUAGGCCCACUAACAAAAUCAGGUGCGUGUGCUUUGAUCACGAUGGGCAAUUUGAAACGAAUUUUGAUUCUUGCGGGUGCUGGACGCAUGUCAUCUGGCACUGCUCGAGAUUUACUAGCGACCUACUCACAUUCAAUUGAAAAACUCAUAAUUGCCGAUUCGAGUAAUGAACGUCUGGAUAUUCUCCUUGUCGCUGAUCGUCUUGAUAGGAUCGAUAAGAUGAGUUUAUAUUGGGCAGCAAAAUUUAUUGGUGAUGAAAAUCCAAUACUGAUUCCUCCUUAUAAUUUGUCAACGGUGCUAGCUGAAUAUGGUAAUCUCAGUCAGCAAUUUCUGAAUGGAAAACUUCAACAAGUUCCAGCACAAAGUGGUUUUGAAACUAUCGAUCUACCAGAACCUUUUGGCAAAACCAGUUUUAUUCAUUCAGAGCAUUCUGAACCACUAACUGUUCCAUUUGCUAACGCGUUCAAGGAAAAGGGUAUACAAGAGUUUACAUGGAAAUUAUCGUUACCUGAACGUGAACAUCAAGCAUGGAUUAGGUUAGUGAAGGCUGGUUUUGGAGAAACAUUCGAUGAAGAUGUGACAUUGCCAAAUGGAACGUCUGUUCGUCCCGUUGAUGUUCUUCAAGUAGUCAUAGAUCGCAAUAUAGAACGGCAUAAAAAACGAAUUCCUGAUCAAGAACUACACGAGAUUCAUUUUUCUAUUGGAUAA